GCCAGCCUUAUUCUGAUAACUGGACAGCCGAGUGGAAGUACCUCUACUCUCUGCAGCGGAACUACCCAAAUACGGGGCAAUUCACCUUCCUGCCGGUUCCCUCGGCUCGGUUUGGAGGCUGGGAAAUGGGUGCCCUGAGGAUUUCUGGCAACGGCUCCUCCGAAGGCCAGCCAGACGUGGCUGCCAUCUGGAGCCCGGAGCACGCCAUGGCCUGGCACCUGGAGGAGGCCUUCCGGAGGGACCCGGUCGGCUGGGCUGCGGCCAAGUGCCAGCAGUGGGACCGCCAGGAGGCCGGGCUGCCCGCCUUCCUGCAGGAGAUCCCCGACUGUCCCUGCACUUUGAGCCAAGCCCGGGCCGACUUUGGCCGCUUCCACACGGAUUAUGGCUGCGACAUGGAGAAAGGCAGCGUCUGCACCUAUCACCCCGGGGCUAUUCACUGUGUCCGGAGCGUUCAGGCCAGCCCGCGAUACGGCGCCGGGCAGCAGUGCUGCUACAGCCGGCGGGGCGUCCAGGUGCUGACGGAGGACUCGGCGGGGGGCAGCACCCCGGACCGAGGCCACGACUGGGGAGCCCCGCCCUACAAGCACCCCCCGCGCAUCCCGGGCUUCUCCCACUGGCUCUACGACGUGCUCAGCUUCUACUCCUGCUGCCUCUGGGCCGACCGCUGCGCCGUCUACCUGAAGCGCCGGCCCUCCAGCGGCUGCCAGCGCUACCGCCCGCCCCGAGCCGCUUCGGCCUUCGGCGAGCCGCACUUCCUCACCUUCGACGGCCUCCAGUUCACCUUCAAGGGCCUCGGGGAAUAUUUGCUGCUGGGAUCCCGACGGAGCGACCUGAGCGUCCAAGGGAGGACGCGGCGGCUCAACGGAGCGCCAGGCGCCCAAGCCAACGUGACCGGCCUCUCCGCCAUCGCCAUGCGGGAGAACAACUCGGACGUGGUGGAGGUUCGCUUGGGAGAAAACUCCCCCGGCUUGGAGGUCCUGCUGAAUCAAAAGGCCCUCAACUUUUCUGAACAAACCUGGAUGGACUUAAACGGCCUCUUCCUCUACAGCAGCCCUGGGCAGAACGUCUCGGUGCUCUUCUCCUCCGGAGCCGGCGUGGAAGUCAGCGGCCACGGAGGGCAGGUGCUCAGCCUAACGGUCCUGCUGCCGGAGACCUUCCAGGACCAGACGGAGGGGCUCUUGGGCCGGAUGAACGGCAGGCCGGAGGACGACCUGACCCUCCCCAACGGCACCGCUCUGGAUGUGGCCCGCAGCGGCCCCCGGGAGCACUUCGCCUUCGGAGCAGCGUGGGCCAUCAGCAACGCAACCUCGCUCUUCACCUACGACAGCUGGGCGCUGCUGGAGAGCUUCGUCUACGGGCCGAAGCACCACGCCUCUUUCCUGCCCUCCUUUGCGGUCCCCGGAGACGCCAACCGGACGUUCCUGCAGGAGGUGGCCUCCGUCUGCCAAGGCGAUCCCUUCUGCCGCUUCGACGCCCUGACCACCGGGGACCUGGCCCUGGGGAGCCUCACCAGGGACUCCCACCAGCGCUUCCAAAAACUCCAGCAGGACUUGAAGCCAGUGGUUUCGUGCGGCUGGCUGGCCCCACCCGCCAACGGGGAGAAGAUCGGGACUGACUACCUCCAGGGCUCCCUGAUCCACUUCCGCUGCCACCCCAGCUACACCCUGGUGGGCUCGGCAAGCAGGCUGUGCCAGGAGGGCGGGACCUGGUCGGGAACGGCCCCCAGCUGCCUCCCCAACGCAGGGAGUGGCCUGACGCCCUCGGCGCUUGCGAUCUGGACGGCUGCCUUCGUCUUCUGGGUCGUCUGGGGAGCCGGCUUCAGCGCCGACCCUCUCUCGCCUCCCCUCCCCUCCUCCCGAAGGCGCUUUGGAUGACCACCUCUGCAGCCCCCCCGCGGCAAUG